UCCCUGCCUGCGCGCCGUAGAAACAGGAAGUACAAGUAAAGCUACAGCAAAACAAAACAAAACUGAUGCGAAAUCAUCUAAAAUAGAUAACUUUGAGUAAAAAUGGACACUGCACAUGCACAGUCAACAAGUAACGAUUCGCGCUGCGUAUUUUUUAAUACACAUUCUGAAGACUAUCGAUGCGUGGUGAUUUUAACUGUAAAACGAGCCACAGGCACCAUCUCCUUAGCAGGAUGCCUCUUCAUGCUGUUUGUGAUUUGGCUGCUUCGCAGAUAUCACUCUUUGGCUCAGAAAAUGAUUCUCAGCUUGACUGUCGCCGCCUUUUUCGACAGCGUAGCAUAUGUCAUGGGUGAUUCCCAUCCAGAGGGGUCUCUUUGUGACUUCCAGGCCUGGUGGCUAACUUACUUUGACUGGAGCGCCUUGGCCUGGGUUUGCCUCAUCACUCUGAACCUGUACCUCAACCUGGUCCGAGAAAUUAGCACCAACAGAUUUGAGAUGUUUUACCAUCUGGUGGCGUGGGGGGUCCCUCUGGUCAUGGCCUCUUUACCCCUGCUGAAGGGUUACUACGGCCCCGCGGGAGCAUGGUGCUGGAUCACAGACGAUCACGUAGCCUGGAGAUUUGGGAUAUGGUACGUGCCGCUGUUCUGCCUCAUCUUUCUGAUGAUCUGCUGCUACGCCAGGAUCAUCUGCGUGGCCAAUAAGAGGUUGCAGUCAUGGCUGGGAACCUUCAACCCAGAGAGGGAGAGACGAAAGGUUUCGUUGGCUGAGGAGAUCAAGCCGUUGAAGUGGUAUCCCUCCGUCUACCUGCUGGUGUCAAUCUUUCCCCUAAUCAACAGACUCCACAAUGCCUUCUACCCACAGGAUCCGUCCUUCUCCCUCACCUUGCUGCAUGUCCUGUCGGCGCCACUUCACGGCUUGGCCAAUGCCUUUGUCUUUGGCCUGGAUCGGGAUUGGUGGAGUCUACUGAGCCCCACAGGCCUGCAGCUGGCUCUGCAGUCGCGGCUGUGUGACAGGACUCGGAUCGGAGAGUACCACCCCGGGGCUGUGCGCUACACACAAGCUGACCUGGUCGACCUCAGCGAUGACGACGAUGACGAUGACACCAACGUGCUCUUCUACUCCCCCGACAUGACCCUGAAAGGCCGAGUGCCCUGAGAGAGAGAGAGAGAGAGCUGAGUAGAGGGACAGACAGAGAGAGAGAGAGUAGACAAAAGAGCUGAAGGAAGGAGGGUCACAGCCAGAAAGAAACGCAGCAGAUUAGAAACCGAGAGGAAGAAAAAAAGAGGUAGGGAGGGUAUGGAAGGGAAGAUUGGGGGGACAGUCGAGCAGAUAGAAGCCGGAGAUGAGCUGUCAGGUUCCAUUAUUAAUCCCCAUCCUUUACUAUUUAAUAUCCUAAAGACACACACACAGAGACACACACACACUAUGUGUAGAGCAGCAGCUCCAUGCAAUGCUAGCAGCCAAAAGGAGUGGCUCUAAAGAUCAUCCGAAUGUUAAAGAUAUCUGCUGCAUCCCAAAGGUCUUAAACCGAUUUCCCUCUCUGCGUCACCGUCUUGAUUCCGGCAUUCUGCAUCUGUACGGUGGCAAACCACAAAAAAAAAGAAGGGAGGAAUAAAAAAAAAUAGAUAAAGGCAAUCAUAACAAGGUGUUAGUUUAGCAUUCGCAGCAAUUACCUUUUCACUUCUCUGCAGGAGAAGAGGUGAAAAACGGGCCUUUCAAAAAGCACCCCCAUGUGUCAGACAUGAAAGCAUCUUCAACUACACAUAGAUUGAUCCCAGCACUGAACUGCUUCCCUGCCAAUGAGCGAGGUACAGUGGAAAUACAGAAAAGGGCUUUUAAAAACAGUCAACCUUACCUGGUAGUACAAAAAGGGUCCCAGAACACCAGUGGUGCUUGUAAGGGGCCGCUCCUCCCUCGAACAGUAUUUGUUUUUCUCUUUGUAUCUGAAUUGUAUGUUACUGUCGUUUGCAACUUUCGGAAGUAUUUCUUUGAAAUGCUUGUUUUGUAUCUUUUAUGAAAUCCUGAACUUGUUUCUAAUGUAGUAUUUAUAUUAUAGGUCAAUGUACUGUAUAUCUGUAUAUAUUUGAGUGUUCACUCUAUUUUUGUACGUGCCUUGGACUGGAAUGUGAAGAAAAGGCUUCUCUAGGUCGAAAAACCUGAUGCACUCACAUGACAAGUGGAGCAAGAGCUUGAUUCAAUAUGUAGCCUUAAGAACAAGGGACAAAAAACAUUUUUCUAGUCAGACAAACACUAACACACACAGGCUGUUUUCAGAUAUGAAAAUCGGGUCCGGACAUUUUCCGGACACUCCCUUUCACAAAUGAAUUCAGGAGGUGGUCUGAGACUCAGAAAAUCAUGAGAAUUUUUGCCACAUUAUGGCGAGGGUUGACCCCCUCAGUAGAGAAUGCAGGUGGCAGUAUACAUUUUGCUGCGAAAAAGUGCUCUGUUUACAGCCCAUUGGCAUUGGCUCUUAUCGGCAUAUUUCCUGAAUCUUGUCUUCCUAUGUUUAAAUCACCCUGAGAUAUCUGAAUUCUUCUUCGUUUUUUUCUAGUUUUGCAUCUGUCCCGGUUUACAAACGGCAUCAACACAUCCAACUUUGCAGAUAUUCUUCUGCUUUAUUCUCACUGACAUUUAAUCAAGGAGUUUGCAAGACAAGUUCCGGGAAAUAUCUGGCUCCAGUGAGACAUUGCAUUCUCACAAACUGUCCCUCUGGAAUAGGUCUGUAAGAAACGUCCAGUGGCCAGUUCAUGUGUGAACGCAGCUGUUGGACAUUAGACAAACAUGCUUCUCAUAAAAUUUCCCCGUCAAAAAAAAAACCCAUUGGAAAAUAUGACACGUGACACAGCAACAGCCGGUGACGCGUUGUCGUCUCGCGGCCACUGCUGUUGAGGGGACAUAGCCGAGGUGUGAUUGGCAGGAUAAUAGAGUCACUUUAUAUUCAACCUAUAGCCCCCCCCCCCCCGUUAAUGUUUCAUCACUGUCGGUGCACGCUGCCUGCUGUCAGCUGCCUCUCUGACGAGUUGAACUAAUGAACCGACACUUGACCCGUUUUACCCUUGAGUUGUUGAACUUUUCUGCUGGACGCCGAUGACACCAGAGUGCAACUUUGGUCUUUAGCUCCCAGAGGCCCACCGCUGAAUUAAACACACACACACACACUGUGCCCCUACCCCUCUUUUGGCACUGUUGCUCGUUUUACUUGACUGCGCACUCCAUCAAAUAAAUGAGCAGGAGAGACAUUUCAUAACAAAGCUCUGGCUGGGCGUGUUU